AUGAAUCGUCGUUUUCAGAAUGCCGCAGAUACCACAUUUAGCGAUAAUUGGGACCGUCUAGCCCAAGCUAUUCGAGAAAUUCACAGGAAAAAUGCGUCGAUCUUAAGCUUCGAAGAGCUUUACCGUAAUGCCUAUAACAUGGUCCUUCACAAAAAUGGAGAUAAGCUAUACAACGGCGUGAGGGAGGUUAUCACUCAACACUUAGAAGAAGUGGCUAAAGACCAAGUUGUUCCAGCUUUUCCUAUGUCAGGUGCUAGUAGCUCACAAGCAAAUUCUGCUAACGGUGCUGGUGGAGCAAAUUUCUUAAAAGUGCUGAAAAGCGUUUGGGAAGAUCAUACAACAUGUAUGCUCAUGAUUAGAGACAUUUUGAUGUACAUGGAUCGUGUAUAUGCCAAAUCAGCGAAUGUUCCUUUAGUCUACGAACUGGGAUUAGAGCUCUUUAGGGAUACCAUAGUUCGAUCCACAAUAUAUCCUAUUCAGA